CACCGCUUGUCGUCAGCGUGUAACUAGGAGAAUACCUGAUGCUGAUUGAAAAGAGGCUAUUUAAACAAGGAUGAGACGCGACGGACUGGAUAUCGAGAGUGUUGGGAGCGCUCGGGACAGUCCCUCAGACGAAGGCACUCCCUCAGACGAGUGUGGGGGAUUAUCUCCCGGCAAAGAUGCUGAGGCGCACGCCCUGCUUCGGAGGAAGCACGUUCCCGGAAAGGAGCAGAGGGACUUGCUAAGGCCUAGUAAAAGUAAGUACAUAGUUGUUUCUACGUCUACGUACUGUUGCUUCAUUCAAUAAUGUGAAUAAUUAGACACUUGUAUCUGUCAACCGUAACCAUCAAAAGGACUUGGACUAAACUUACCAAAGUGUAGGAGCGUGAAGCAAGACGAGAUGAGGAGUGUCCACUAUAUCUCUAAGACGGGGCUCUGUUCCCUCCGCUCCUCCGCCUUUGUUGAAAGAUCAACGCGGCAAGGAAACUGGUGGCAAAAAAAACCGUCCUCGUUCUACUUGCGACAGACGACGCUGCGCGUUCUCAUGGUGUCGGGUCGGGACCUUCACCACGAUUGUUUUUCUCUUCUCGGCGUGCUUUUACUUCUACUUAUGGUUCUCAAUCAUAAACAUAAGUCAUGGCACCAGAAUUUUUCUAUUAUUUUCUGUCCAAGUGGAUGGUAGUGGUUAAACGUCAUGUUCGUAGUUCUUGUAAUAAAUACCUGUGACUAGUAGUACAAGCAAGGGAAAAAAUAAAUAACAUAAAAAAGAUAUUGAUGUUUUCUCAACAUCUUCCUAGUUUGCUAUUGCUACAUUGACGUAGUGAGAAAUAGUCUUCGAAGAUUCAUCUGAGGCUCUAACUUUGCAUGAUGCAGUACUCGAGUUUCUUGGCGAGAAGGGGUCGCUAAUAGGGCAAUUGUAUCCCUUUGCAGCAGAGCCGUCGAGCAGUACGUUGCAAACCUCCCAAGAAGAGGUGGUCAACAAUUGCGGGUUGGUCACUUGCGGCAUGCAGGACGAGGCUGGAGGUAUUGAAGAGGAACGAUGGGUGAUCCAGUACAACCAUUUUCCUGAUUACGAUUCCUAUAAUAAUUAGGUGGAGCAGCUCGUCACUAUCAUUUCAAGUGUAUCUUCCGUUGGUAUUUUUUUUCGUUUUUUCUUUCAGGAUCUUCCUCUACUGCUUCUGCUUUAGGGGCUGCAGCAGAGGAGAAAGCGGCUGAUCAAAAAGCCGUCGGGACUUCUUCGACUUCUACCAUAGGAAACGGGGCUGCUGAUCCUUCUACUUCUGCUGGUGCUGAUGAUGCACAAGUGCCACCACAGGAGGAGGCAACGUUGGACGAAGAAUCUUUAGAUGAUCUCGAGUGCGACUACUCCAAAGAAAAAUGCAUGCAUACGAUUAGUUACCCGGAUAUGGGGUUUGAUCGUGCGGCUCGCAGAGAGAAUGUAGCCAUCGGGUUGUACAUGUGCCCAGGACAAGAACUUGAUAGUAGUCAGAAUCAGGUCAAAAUAGACAAGCGUACAACUCUACGUAGCCUAUUCGCGGGACGAAAAAGCCGCUCGCCGAUCAGCUGUUCUACAUUCACCAAGAAGUUCAUCAAUGACGCGGUUCAUCAUCAACACGGGAGCGGACAGGCAAGCAGCAUCAUCUCGGAAACCUUCCACCAGCUGGGAGUCGACAACCUCGUAAACAUCGGGGAAAUUGUUACGAGAGGGUCAGCUAGUGCUGUUGGAAUAACUUGAGUUCGUUGAUGGAGGUGGAUGAUAAGAAGAGAAAUACAUUCCACCCUUUGAGAGAACGUUGAAGGCGUCUUACGUAGCUGCAUCACUUGGUACAAUCACAAAGUACGACCAUAAAGAUAGUGAAGAUUUAACAAGCAUCUACUUCUAUGAUGAUUUUUUUUUCAUUGUAGAUGAUGGUUUAUAAUACUCAUAGAUAGUUGUCACCGUUCUUGGGUUAUUUUCUAGUCUCCCUUGGCGUAUAUUAAGCACGUGAUCAUCACUGUGCUGGAAGGGGUAACAAGCGUAAUACACUCCGCAGCAAAUGCCUAGUGUGGUACGACAACACUCCUAGCUGUAUUAAUCCUCUGGCUUUACUUUGACGUACUACUUGGUGAAACUAAGAGUGAAUAAGCACCCCCAGUAAGAAUUCCAGCAUCCUUGUUAUCGAUUUUACUGUUCAGAUUCAGAAGACAAGGACAGCACUGAAUAUCAAAAUUUGUAUCUGACGGGGUUUAUCGUCUACUAAUUCGAUCAUCUUCAUGAUGAUGAAACAGCAUUCCUUCUUAAGUACAACUUCUAUGUAUGAUAUAUGAGAACACCUUCUCGAUUGUUUCUAAUUCCUCUUGGGGUCCUGAUGUCAACGACGACGACGCUUGUUGCUUUGAGAAGAAGUGGAAAUACUUGCACGACGACGAGGACACCCACUGGCCUGGAAUUUUUGGAGUUCUUUUAAGGGUCCCUCUGUAAUCCAGGUUCAGCUCUAACUCGAUACAUGGCUAUCCUGAAAGCAUAUGCGCCCCAAUACCAGGGGAAUACUGAUUCUGAGGCAUAUCCUUGAGAGAUUUCCACAGGGAUGAGUCGGGGAGACUUCUAACGUAUUCCAGCACUUUCUGCACACCGAAUCCACAGACGACUUGCCAAUGGAGGUUUCCAGUUAUGGAUGACUAUUUUCGAAAAUAAUAACCAUCUUCAGUCGCAAUUUGAAGAAUUGACUCGCUAAGAAUAUUCUAUGACAACUGAUUUUUACCUGCAGUUGUCACGGGAGAUAAACACUCUUAUCAAUCUGUAGAAAGUUACGGGUGCCGGUGCCCCGUUGAAGUCGUAGAAUUUGUCCAUCAACAGCAUGGACUUAAUAUUGCUACUCUCGCCUAGUUCAAACAGCUGCCAGUUUGAAGAUGAUAGCAAUUAGAUAUGUCUAUGUAUACUCUCGAAAAUUGGAGUAAAUACUAAGUAUUCGUCAAGAACAACAUGAAGAAAAUGAGAAUAGUAGCAAGCAUGUUUAAGUCUAGUUAGUAAAUUGAUGAACAGCCGCAUGCGCGAGGAAAAAUUUGACAUGAUUGCCACUUUUACAGCUUGAUAAUGCUACCAAAUCUGUUUGUUUUGUCCGAACGUUUGCGAUCUCUAAUACGGACGGCCACGGCUCGUCUAUUCCGAGGUUUCCUGGUGCUGGAGAUAUGUUGUGCCGUCAAAGCCACGGAGUCAAGUUUUGGAACAGCCUGGGUAAUAUCUUAUUUCCUGCAGAGCAACGGGAAGAAGCCUCUACCUGUGAGAUGAUAACCAGGGGACUCGUUCAUGAGAAGCUGGUCGGUGUGGCGAAGGUUAUGGACUUCAUUCAAGCAUAAAACAUAUGCUUGGAUGGAGGCCAUAACCUUCAACCGACCAUCAACGUUUUUCCUUUUUGCUGCAGGAUCAGCAUGAUCCACAGCCAUAGAUUCUUUCUGAAUUAUCAGCUGUGCAUUUUUUUUCUUCUACUACCCUAGAUAGUUUCUUUUGUGGUCGGUGUGCCGAAGGUUAUGGACUUCAUCCAAGCACUGCAGAGUUCCCAAGACGAGCACAUGUGAUUUCUCAUAGAUCAUGCACCCUGUUUUACAUGAAGAUCUACAGCCAUAGAUUAAGGUACAAGAAAUCCCAUGGUAAUUCUUUAAUACUCCUUGUAGCUAGAAGUUAGUUUUAGUAGUUAUUAACAACUACACACAUUUUAUUUCCUCGCACUUUUCAUAGUAAUUGCAAUUAUAAUAAUAAAUCAGCUGCGCAUUCUUUAUUAUUUGUUCUUCUUCUACCGUAGUAGAAGUUUUUGAGGGCUGACUAGCCUGGAAUGAUCAGGUCGAGGUCGCUUUUUUGGCAAACUUCUCGUUACAGUUUUGUUGGGUGUCUGCAUCAGAACAUUCACUGUUCAUUUUUCGCAGCUCUAAUGUGAGAACGCCAAUGUCGGAAAAGGUCCAUGACUGGUUUGCGAAACAAGACUCGCCGUUCAACGCGCUUCCUGUAUGGUCGGACCCCGCAGAGGCUGAUGACACAGCGUGCUGUGUGAAUGGUACUAGUAGUGAUGUUUUCAUAUUUUAGAGUCUGCCACUUUGCCUCUGCGGUGGCCAUGUCAGGGGCACACGCAUGACAUAAGAGUUGUUUUAAUGUUAGAUUUUUAGAUAUGAAUGUAGUACGGAAAUCGAGGAUCAUAAUAUACAUGAUUGAGAUUGACACGACGCAUGUCGAUUCCUUUCCAGAUGAUACAGACUAGGUUUUUGAUGGAUUUGGACAUAAAAAAGUUCUGCUUUGAAUCUUGACCAUGUGCAUGACAUUUCAAGGCAAGGUCUCAAAGUUGUAUCAUGAGUCUAACCUCAACAGAAAAAAAGCGGAUGGAGGACGAGAAGCAAAGAGUAGAGGCGAAUGCGUUACAGUGCGUGCCGAUCAAGGGUGCUUGUAUGGUGAACACCCGGAUGAGGAGCGACAUGCAUACUCACGAUAAAGCGGAGGGGCUUGCUUUUGGAGCCGGUCCAGGGGCUCUUUCUCCUGGCAUCGGUAAAGCGGUCGGGGAAUAUCUAUGCAGAAAGAGCUCUGUUGUGAUGCAGAAUCAGGUCGCAGCUGGUAUCUCCGACUGUGCAAGCAUCACUCGGAAACUCGUCAUUAAGGGUCACGAUAAUUAUUCAUCUCUCCUUCACUCCUUAACCGUUCUAACACUUAUCUCACGCGUAACCCGUUACUCAUCUUAAAAACAAGGACGACUGAAAACAAGCAUGACUCCUGAAAACAAAUUGUAUGAUUUGACGAGAUUAUUCCUGAAAACAAGAAGUAUGAGCCCUAACAUCAGCGAGAGGUGGGGGGCUGUCCCUGACGACCAAAGCACGUGGAGCACAGCAUUCAGAACGCCAUUGGGUGAGGGUGCCUUGGACAUGCGCAUUAUUGAAGCACCAGAGACUGGAGCUAUCGAAUGGAGCAACCCCGAUCACGACAAUCCUGUAGAGCAGUGCUGCGAAACUACACAGGAAGGUACGGAAUUAUAUCGGAUAUUUUCCAUUUAUUUUUGACUUUUAUGAGGAAAACUUUAAUCGGCCAUACUAAGCCGGCCCAGGCUUGAGCCUACCGUAGACCCUCGCGGUAUGUCUUGCGUGAUGUCGCCGAGAAAACACAUGCCAAACCUGCACGAGGGAAGAGAAUGGACACCAUGCGCGCCCAUGUUGCGCCGGUCUUGUGUCGUGCUUGUUCUGUCUUGUCUGUUGUUCGUUCUUGUGCUUGCUUGUGUAGUUAUUAACUAGCCGUAGUAGCGCGCUGACGCUGCGGAACUGGUUCAGAAGGCUUCGGGUUUCAUUGGGGAAAUGGGUCAAGGUUCGCAAUGGAUCACAAAAGCGCGCCAUAAGCAUACACUCAAAGCAAAGUAUGUAACUGGUUCGUUCUUUUUCCCUCAUAAGUCGUAGGUUAGUCCCUCCAUCUAAUACAUAUGCUAUGGGGUUAGUUCAAUGUGAUUUAAUCAAAUGAUCAUGUGUAGUCACAUUUUGUAGUCGUACUUCUUAGGGUUUUUUGUAUUCAAUAUUGGCACUUAGUCUUACUGUCUUACCUUGCCAACUACAACAACUAAAACUACCGAAUGCAUGGACAUUAUCAGCAUAAUUCGAUUACAUAUUUAUCAUUCUUGAAACUACGUUAACAUGAUGUUGAAUAAGUAGAAGGACCACGACGACAACAAGGAGGACGACCGCUUGCAGCGGUAAGUCCAGCAAGAGGUGCAGCAGUCGUUGGACCGAUAUUGUCCCUCUUCUCUCUUUCCUCAGCCAUCAAGCGACGGGCGGAACAGCUGUCGAAAUGCGUACCGACAAAGUUGUGUCCGUGGUCUCUCGCCGAAGUGAAUGGUGCGGCUACAAAGGAGCCCGCAGGGAAAAACGUGUGUGGGCUACAGGACCGUGACCUAAGCGGGAAAGUUGCUCAAGCACUUUUCCCUGACGACUUGAUCUACAACUCAGAGGGCUUUCGCUGUAGCGAUAUUACCGCUGUUAUGGAGGUGUUUUUCAAGAUCAUACUCACGCGUAUUCAGUUCUUCCUAGAGAUUCGUGCUGGAUACUUAUUCGACUCUACCAACUUUAGUUCGAUUUCACUAACGGCAUUUUUUCUAUAACCCGGACCCGCUAACAAAGGUUUUCUGGACCCGCUGGAGAAGUGGGAGGCACUCAAGAAGGCACACGGAUGGUCGAGUUCCCUAGAGCGGACUCCUGACCGCGAGUGGGAUGCAGCCCCCUGCUGCAUGUCUAACUCGGGGAACGGGAUGAGUACUUGUAGAUUUAUACAUUGGUAGGUUAUGAUCUUGACCGUCUUGUUCAAAAUAAGUGAUGUGUCGACUACAAGAUUAAUCUUAUAUUUUUUUUACAACAAUAUAUAUAUGCAAAAUUCACCAGAUGAGAGAGUUUUCGAAUGGAUUGCCAUGUCCACGGCUUGUGAACCGGUGAAGAACGAAGCGUGCGAUCUGCAGCUGAAAAAGCCCAGGAGGGGAACAGAGUCCACGGGAACAGUAGAAAUAUUCUCUGCCGGCGAAAAGCUAUGUCAUGCUUCUAGUGCCAAUUUCGUAUUUUGGCGCCCUGAUGACUAUAAGGAACUGGAGGGACUCGCUAAAGGGCUCUUCAGCGAAAACCAAGGGCAAGGAGAAAUCCGCUGCGACACGAUUACCAGGAUUAUGCGUCACUCAAUUAUCAGCUGCAAGUAGAAUCUAUUAGUUGGCUCCGUCUUGGUCUUGCCGAUCGUGGUGGGCAUCACCGUUGUGACAAACAAGUUGCGCGAUGAUGUUGUGAGUCCGAUGGAGUGUGGAUCGUGUGGAAAUGGGCACCAUUCAUGUCUCUGAGAUCCGUUCAUAUCACACCAAGAAGGAACCAAUACGGAAGACCAGAGAGCCUCUAGAUUACAUCUACUCUAUUUUAGCAAUAGAAGUAUCUAUAUUAUUAAGUAUAAUCGUCCAGUUCCAGUUGAUGAUGUAGAGCGGUAUCUUCAAUGAUAGUUGUGUCUAAACAAGAUGAUUCCAUCGUUGUCCUCUAAUAUGAAAUUCCUCGGGACGGAAACGGCUUUCAACGCCAUCAAAACGGUUCUUGGUACUAGCGAAAACGAGCUCACAUGGAAAACGAGCGAGGGAGAAGGUGAUACCAUCUGCUGCAAAAGCAAAGCUGACGAAGGUAGUUUCACUACUUCACUUUUUUGGGGGGUGAUGAUGAUGAGGCUCUCGUCAUACAAGAAAUUAUACCUUAUUACUUUAACAAAUACGCUUUACUACAAAACAAACUGGAGUACGCUUCGUGUCGGCAAAAUCAUUGGUACGGCAGGACCAAAAAGGAAUAAACAAAAACCACCAGACCCAAAAAGAGGCCUGCGGCCAUCCGGAAGCCUCUCGCAGAGGCUUUUGGGAUGGUUCACGAAGCGGAGUAGAGACCCUCGUCCUCAGGGCUAUCUGAGCCCUGAGAGACUACGCGGAGGUGGCUUAGGGCGGAAGCAUUUUGUGGGGUCACCUGGAAGGCCCGCCAAGGCUCCCGAAGAGGUUCUCGGACAAGUGGCGCACAGACGGCGCGAAAGGCUAGCGAAGAGGCUCCCCGAGGGCUCACAGAACAGCGCCCAGCAACGUUCUAGCCCUGCCGAAGGCUCUCUAAGAAAGAGGCUCCGCGGGGGGCUCCGUCUCCUUUAGGCGGUCUCGCGAGCCAUCCAUCGACCGAACGGACCGGUCUCAGAGCCCGACGGACGGGCGCAUUUUGAGAACUUGACGGGCCCGCUUUGCAAUCGUAUUCGUAACGGACCCUUUUUGAAGAAAUAAUAAGCUAGCUUUAAAGGGCGUUCAUGACCAAAACGGGCGAACAGUCGAGUUCUGUUCGUGUUCCGUCUUCAUUAUCUAUAUGGGCCGCGAGUGAAAAGACCCAGCACAAAGCUUCGCGUCUCUUCUUCUUGUUUCUCGGCCUCUGUAGGCGCGAGGUGUUUGGCCCCUCAGUCCUUGACCGAGGGCGAGCGUCUUGCUCUUGGCGUGAGAGAGCUUUCAGUCCUUGACCGAGUGCUCGUCUCGUCUCCUUCUUCUUUGUGCAAAGCGUCUAUCAGUCCCUCUGACCUCAGUCGCGUUGCUCUUUCUCUUUUUCUUUGUUUCGCACUACAAAGCCAACCUGCAGCUAGUUUUGUCGUGCGCUUGUUUGUUUCUGGCCUGAGAGAGCUUGCAGUCUUUGACCGAAUGCUCGUCUCACCUCUUUUCUCAGUGCGCACGCGUCUUCUAGUCCAUUUGACCUCAGACGCGUUGCUUCCUCUUCGUUUCUCUUCUUCGGACGAAAAAGCUAACCAGCAGUUAGUUUAUUUGGCGUGCGCUUGUCUUUGUUGUUGGCUUGUGACGGCGUUCAGUUCGUGACCGAAUGCUCGUCGCUUCGCCUUUUUAUCUGCGCAACGCGUUCUUCAGUCUCUCUGACCUCAGACGCGUUAUUCCCUCUCCCUUUCUUCUCUUCGCACUACAAAGCCAACCUGCAGUUAGCUUUUGCACAACCUGGCGUCGCAAAGUAACCUUCAGUUAUUUCUCUCUUUUUAUCCGGGACGGCCUCCUGCCCGUGGCCGGAGGCGCGUGUUCUCCUCGGUUUCUCCCUCGAGCGGCCGCCCUUAGUCUACGACUGCGGGCACGUUUUUUUCGAAGAAAAAGACUAACCUGCAGUUAGUUUUUGUCUUUGCUUUAUCUUUGGUUUUGGCCAAAACACUCCUUUUUCUCCUGUCGCUGUCUGGAAAGAGCCUUCAACUCGUAGUUGAAAGCUCUUGGUGGUUUGUAGGCCGCCCUUGUCUUGGCGCGUCGGUGCUCCCUCUUUGGCGGGUUCUUGGGCCGCGUGCUCCGUCUUGCGGGGUUAGCGGCCCGCGGUCGCUUGGCCGUUCGCCUUCGUAGUGUCACACCUUCGCUUUUGGGUCUCUUGAAGACUCUUCUUCGGCCUUACUGUGGCCUCAAGACAAAACUGGCUUACAAAACCUUUGCAUCAGGCUCGUGUUUCUUGUCUACUUUCAUCUCCACCUUGUUCGUCAAAACAGGAAGGUCAUGAAGAUGAACGCUUACUGACUUGCAAAAAUUGAAAUUGAAUUGGUGGAACCCCCGGUGGUCCGAUGUCAAGUAAAUCUUCUCAACACAAUAUGAAACCUAGUUUGUGUACAAAUUUUCCCCAUUAUGUUGAGGUGUGCUGCAAAUCUAAAUUGGCUUCUUCCCUUUUUAUAGGGUUGAGGUUUAGGUCCAGCGGCGCUCAAAGCACUAAAUAAAACAACCGGCUCGUUUUUACCUCUAGCGUAUAGCCCCUCCAACAACCUACUUAUGAUAUUAUUCACAUCGCAACAGAUGUAACAAUGUUAACUGCACAGGCACAGGCGGAGGAGCGGCAUAAAGCCUAGGCGAAGGCUGAAAGAAAAUUUGUAGUGGACAAUUCGAUGAUUUGAUUUGUGUUUCCAUUCCUCGCGCAUGUCGUGGUCUGAUAGGGCAACAUUAUUGGAGGCAGCCAUCGAUAUAUUUUGCGAUCUGAUGGGCGGAGACGACACACGACGUGAUGCUUUUCACAUUCUUUCAACUACAGUGAUUAAGUACAUUCAUACUCCUCGGUCUACAUGUACCUUAGAGCUGAUAAGACAAAACUUUUCUCGUGAUUUGAUUCAAAGUCCUCGUGAAAUCACAUUAUGUUUAUAAUAUACGAUUUCUUAACAGAAAUACGAUGUUUAUCGUGACUGAUUACCAAGCGCAAUCCAAUCAGGAAGUUCUCACACGAUUUUUGUACAAUAUAUAAUGGAAUAUAUAUUUUUUCGAUGAUGUUUCAAUUCCAAAGGAGUAGAGCUGGUGGAUCCUUAUUCUAUCAAAAGACUUUUCAUCUUUGCGAUUACACUGAGUGAUUCUAAGGUUUACAUCUUGCUUAUUCUAUCAAAAGAACGAAAGGCUAUGGCUAGCAUUUUUGUGAAAGACUAACAGGCACAGCCAGAUGAGAAAUAGAAAUCUUCUCCUGUGUAGACUCUCACAAUUUUUAUCUGUGGUUCUACUAUUCAACUUACAUCAUGGUCAUGAUCAUCAUGCUUUUAGUUAGUUGCAAAGACAGCUCUUCAAACUCGAUGAAACGAGAAUGGAUCAUGGUUGAGUGCCGCCCGAUAGUGACUUCAAGAUUAAGUGAUAUAAUGUUCGUAGUGCGGGAAUUAAAUGUGCGUAGUGCGGGAAAUUGUAGGCACAGG